CAAUGUCAAAUGUAAAUACAACCAAAAAUGCAAAUACGAACAAUACCAAGCGUUGAAAAGUUUUUGUGAUAUGCUAUUGUAUUAAAUGUAAGUAGUCCCGUUUACUUCAGAUUUGGAUCCGAAAGUUCAGACGAUACACUAGUGUUCACUAUAAUUCACAUAAUAAGUAUAAUAUCAAAAUGUCUGAAAAAGAAAAGGGAAAGUUAAUCAUCCAAACAAAACACAUACCUAAGGAUGCGCAAGUGAUAAUGUCUAUCAUGAAGGAGGUGGGGAUCACAGAUUACGAGCCUCGCGUAGUUAACCAGCUUCUUGAGUUUAUCUUUCGUUACGUGACCUGUAUUUUGGAUGAUGCGCGAGUAUUUGCCAAUCACUCGAAAAAGAAGACGAUCGAUUUGGACGACGUGAGAUUGGCGGUACAAUUACAACUGGAUAAAACCUUCACGAGCCCCCCGCCCCGUGAUGUAUUACUGGAACUGGCGAGGACGAAAAAUGUUAACCCUUUACCAUUGAUCAAGCCACAUUGUGGACUUCGCUUACCCCCUGAUCGAUACUGCCUGACAGCAUGCAACUAUAGAUUAAAAGUUCCAACAAAGAAAACUAUAACAAAACCACCUCCCACUCCUGUGGUCAAAACUAUGACCACACCAAAACCUCUCUCGUCACAGCAAAAUGUGGUUGUCAAGAGACCUACAGGGGCUAUAGUCAAUGUUUCAUCUUCAAAAGCUAAUGUUGUUCCCAAACCGCUAUUGAAAUUCACUUCAGGAAGCAAGGUUGUUGCGAAACCCGCAGUACGUGUGACAGCAGGACCUUCAUCACAAGGUCCUCACAAAAUGGAGAUUGAUGAAUCCGGCCCACAAAAACGCAAACGAGAUGAUGAUGAUUAUGAUAUGUGAACAAUUUAACUAAAUUAAAUGUGUUAGGAUAUAAUUUUGUAAGAAUUCA